CGUCUUCGUCGGCGAAGCAAAAAGCCACCGAGAGAGAGAGGGAGGGAGGAAGGGAGAUGGCGGAUAAUCUAUUCGAAGGACUUCCGCCUCCUUCUCAGCGACAAGAGCAAUCCAGUUCUUCAGCUCAUCCUGAAUCAGACGCAUCGAAGAAGGGCAAUUCUAAUUCCUCUCCCUCGCCGGCACUGGUUCUCAAGAGUGCCCUGAAGCGGUCGAAACCGGCGGAAUCUACACCUGGUGCAGCAGCUGCUCCGGUUCUCAAGAGCGCACUGAAGCGGCCAAAACCAGCAGAACCUGAACAGCAACGGGAAGCUCCUGCACCUGAAAAGCGGCUUAGGUUUAAGACAACAACCGAUGCCUCGGAGCAACAAGUUAUAGAAGCAAUGCAGAAGAUAACGUCUCACAUCAAGAACCCUUUGAAGUUCUCCAAGGCGUCGAAGCUUGCAAUACAGCUGAUUAAGGCUGGAAGCGUAAAGCCAGAAACAAGCAACCACUUUUUUGCGAUUCUAGAGGCUGCCAUGUCAUUACCAACCCCUUGUACAGAUCCUUCAGUUCGAGCUGAUUAUCAUGCAUUGUUCUCCACAGCACAGGACAUUGCCGAGUGCCUCGAUAAAGGCCAGAAGAAUCUGCUGACUACAUGGACAAUCAAGGCAGUCGUGGCUAAUGACCUCUUCACCGAUGACAGCUUUGUGUUUUCCAAGACUGCCACACAAAUGAAGGAGACUAUAUCUGCUCUUCCGGUUUCAACCGAGGAGGAUGACACAGAGGAGGCAGAUGCCUUGAAUGAUGAUGCUGUAAAUGAUAGUGAAGGUGAUGAAACGAUAAAGAAUGAGGCCAAGAUUGCUUCAACCGAUGAUGGAAAAGAGGACAAAGAGUCUGAUCCGUUUGGGCUUGAUGCGUUGAUUCCCACUCCCAUGAAGAAAGAUAGUAAAACAAAGACAAGGAAAGAUUUGGCUACAAAAGUUACGGAGGACAAAGAUGUCGAAGAAAAUAGGAGAUUUCUCAGAUCAAAAAGAGAAGCUCUGAUUACUUGCUUGGAGAUUGCUGCACACCGUUAUAAAAUUCCAUGGUGCCAAACAGUAAUAGACAUCUUAGUCAAGCACGCGUUUGAUAACGUGUCGAGGUUCACAAAGCGGCAGAGGGAAGCGGUGGGGAGACUAUGGGCAUCUGUGAGAGAGCAGCAAAUCCGCAGGAAGCAAGGGAAAUCAGUGACUGGAAAACUCGAUGUAACAGCUUUCGAGCUGCUUCAGAAUAAAUACGCUAACGAGAAAAUGAGUGUCCGUCGCUCUGUUGGAGCCAGUGGAGAGCGCCGGGCAGAGCAGUGGCUCGGUUAAGGUUCAGGGAUUGUGAAGACGAAAGCGUUGACAGGUUCGUGAUCUAUCUGUAUUUUCAAGUAUUACUUGUGUGAUUGGCUUGUUUGUGUAAACACAACUGGAAGCUAAUAGAAACAAAAGUUUCCACCUUUACCAAAAUAAAUUUACACGAUUUUUGGCUUUA